GAAAGUUGACGUUCGAUUUGUAUAUCGAACCGGGUUGCCAGCCUGCCGGAAUGACAUCGGAAGCGACAACAGUCUCGCCGGAGUCCAGCGAAGUCACUCGGAGAGACAGCGGGGCACGCAAAGGUGACGACACGUCGAGCUUCCACACGGCACCCCACAAUUGGCUCAUAGACAGCCACUUGUCAGAAUCUAGAGCUUGUUUGAGUUCGACUCGGCCAAUUUCGCCGUCUUCAGGCUCUUCUAUGUCUCUUCCUUCUCAUUUCCGCUCCGCCGCUUCAACUUUUAGCCCUAACAACAUGUUUUCGCCGGCGAUGCUUCAACAACAACAACAACGAGGUGGUGGUGGUGGUGGGUUUCACCAUCCUCAUCUACAAGGACGUGCAACGACGUCGUCUUUGUUUCCUGGUAUUGAUAACUUCACACCAACGACGUCGUUUUUGAACUUCCAUAAUCCGACAAAGCAAGAAGGAGAUCAAGAUUCAGAAGAGUUAAACUCUGAGAAGAAAAGAAGACUCCAAACGACGUCGGAUUUACAUCAACAACAACAACAACACCAACAUGAUCAAAUCGGAGGAUACACUCUUCAAUCUAGCAACAGUGGAUCUACCGCCACCGCCGCUCAGCAAAUACCGGGAAAUUUCUGGAUGGUUGCGGCGGGUGGUGGUGGUAACAACAACCAAACAGGUGGUCUUAUGACAGCUUCUAUUGGUACCGGUGGAGGCGGCAGCGGCGGUGGUGAGCCUGUUUGGACGUUUCCUUCCAUUAACACUGCGGCGGCAGCGUUAUACAGAAGUGGCGUUUCGGGCGUUUCAGGCGGCGCGGUUUCGAGCGGUUUACAUUUUAUGAAUUUCGCAGCUCCAAUGGCAUUUCUUACUGGACAACAACAGCUAGCAACAACUAGUAAUCAUGAGAUUAAUGAAGAUAAUAAUAAGGGUUUGUUGGCAAUAUAGUACGUUUGUGAGUAAUAAUUGGGAAAGUAGUACGACUACUAUUUAUAAUUAGAGAAACAGUCAAUUAUUAGUGUUUGUGUAAUAGAAUUUGUGUGAGAUA